GUGUUGGAAACUUGUUUUUUGGCUGGGAAACUUGUUUUUUGGCUGGGAAACUUGUUUUUUGACUGGGAAACUUGUUUUUUGACUGGGAAACUUAAAAUGCAGGCAAACGUUUAAACGCCACUGAACGAGAACAACCUACCACAUCACAGUUUUUCUGCGGCUCUUGAAUGCAACACGUAAAGUGAGCUGCUAAACUUUGCACCCAACUCAACGCAGUCACUGAUCUAAGGAGCUGCAGCAUGGCCGGGCCUCCAGCUGUGAUCUGGGAGCAUGAGUUGGAGGGUCUGCUGCGGUACAGAGAGCUGCUCCCCCGGCUGGAGGAGGCUCUGGGGAAGUUCUCCAGCCGGGACCCGGCAGAGGUGAUCCAGCCUGUGCGCAUGACCGUGCCGCUGCAGAAACACCACGGCUUUUUGGGAUUGAUGCCUACAUACAUGGAGAAAAACAGAGUCCUGUGCACAAAGUUUGUGUGUUUCUACAAGAGGGAGGACGGUUCAACUUUGCCGUCCACACAAUCCACAGUGGUGCUGCUGGACCCGGAGUAUGGGAACAUAAAGGCAGUUAUGAAUGGAGAGGUGAUCACAAGGAUGAGGACAGCUGCCGCCUCAGCCAUCUCUGCUAAGCUGCUGAUGUGUCCUGAGGCAGAGGUUUUGGCCAUCCUGGGGAGUGGGGUUCAGGCCUUGAGUCAUUACGAAGUCUUCACCGAAAUGUUUUCAUUUAAAGAGGUGCGCGUUUGGAGCCGCACAGGUCAGGGAUCGGAGAGGUUUUGCCGUUCAGUCAGCGGUCCGGUGAGAGUGUGUGUCUCAGCCGAGGAGGCGGUGAGGGGCGCGGACGUCAUAGUGACUGUAACCAGAUGUACAGAGCCGGUGCUGUUUGGUCAGUGGGUCAAACCAGGAGCACAUGUGGCAGCGGUCGGAGCCUGCAGGCCAAACUGGCGGGAGCUGGACGACGUUUUAAUGAAGGAGGCCGUGGUGUACGCGGACAGCAGGGAGGGGGCGAUGAAGGAGUCCGGGGACGUCAUCCUCUCCGGGGCCGAGGUGUUUGCAGAGCUCGGAGAUGUUAUUAAUGGGACCAAACCAGCCCUCAGAGAGAAGACAACCGUGUUCAAAUCCCUCGGCAUGGGAGUGGAAGAUGCGGUGUCCGCUCAGCUGGUGUUCGACCAAUGGGAAGCCAAAUCCUGCAAAUCAUGAAGUGGCCUUGUAUUUCAAUCUUGACUUGUUUCAAACUUCUCUGAACUCUGGGACAUUUUAUAGGAAAAACCAGCAUUUUUUUUAACCAUUGUUCCUUAAGACUUGUCUGUAAGUAUGUGAUUCCACUGUCAGCUGGAACAACUGAAAUAAAUAUUCUGCUCACCCUCA